AUGUGGUCCAAUAAUAGUGGUGCCCCUUUUUUACUAACUGGGUUCCCAGGUCUGGAAGAACUUCAUCCCUGGAUUUCCAUCCCCUUCUUUGCUGUCUAUGUCUCUGUUCUUCUUGGCAAUGGCACACUCCUCUAUCUCAUCAAAGAAGACCACAGUCUACAUGAACCUAUGUACUAUUUCCUUGCUAUGCUAGCAGGCUCAGAUUUGAUGGUGACACUAAUCACAAUGCCAAGUGUGAUGAGUGUCUUGUGGAUAAAUUACCGGAAAAUUAGUCAUGGAGCCUGCUUCUUGCAGGCCUACACUAUUCACUCCCUUUCCAUUGUGGAAUCUGGUAUCUUGUUUGCCAUGGCCUAUGACCGUUUUGUUGCCAUUCGCACCCCACUGAGAUACAGCUCCAUUCUUACCAAUUCCAGAGUGAUGAAGAUUGGACUGGGAGUACUAAUAAGGGGCUUUUUGUCCCUUGUACCCCCAAUUCUGCCACUCUUUUGGUUUCCAUAUUGUCAGUCACAUGUUCUUUCUCAUGCUUUUUGCCUUCACCAAGAUGUCAUGAAACUUGCUUGUGCUGAUAUUACUUUUAAUCGUAUAUACCCAAUUUUUUUGGUUGCUGUUACUUUCUUCCUAGAUGCUCUGAUUAUUCUUUUCUCCUAUAUCCUAAUCCUUAAAACAGUUAUGUGUAUUGCCUCUGGAGAGGAGAGAUCUAAAGCCCUUAAUACUUGUAUCUCCCAUAUCAGUUGUGUUCUAGUCUUUUACAUCACUGUGAUUGGCCUGACUUUUAUUCACAGGUUUGGGAAACAUGCACCACAUACAGUUCGCAUUAGCAUGAGCUAUAUUUACUUUCUCUUUCCCCCAUUAAUGAACCCCAUUAUAUACAGCAUUAAGACUAAACAGAUUAAAAAAAGCAUUAUUCGCCUGUUUUCUGUACACAGGAGGGCUUAA